AUGUCCAAGAGGAAGGUAUUAAAUCUGGCACGAGACGUCCGUCGAGUUGAUCCUGUUUCGUGCGCGCACAAAGCAGGAGAUUUGCGCGUGUCUGCUUCGAUCUCAUCAGUUCACCUUUAUUCUUCCUCACUCUCCCACAUCCACUCUCUAUCUCUUUCCCUAUCACGUCCUCUCUUCCUCUCUCUCCCUCUCUUUCCCAUAUCCUCUCAUUUUCUCUCCCACUUCCACACUCUCCCUUGCACGUCUUCUUCUUCUUUUUCUCUUCGACGUUCAAUCUCUCACCCAUGUCCUCUCUAUCUCUUUCCCUCCGCGUCCACUUUCUUUCUCUCUCUUGCCCAUGACCUCUCUUUGACUUUCUCUCCCACGUCCACUCUCUCCCUCCCACGUCCUCUCUUUCUCUUUUUCUCCCACGUUCAAUCUCUCUCUUUCUCUUCUACGGCCUCUCUAUCUUUUUCCCUCCCACGUCCACUCUCUUUCUUUCUCGCCCAUGUCCUCUCUUUCACUUUCUCUCCCACGUCCACUCACUCCCUACCGCGUCCUCUCUUUCUCUUUCUCUCUCACGUUCAAUCUCUUUCUCUCCCACCUCCACUCUCUCUCCCACAUUAUCUUUCUCCCCACUUCUACUUUUUAUCCAUCAAAUCCUCUCUUUCUCUCUCUCUCUCUUAUGUCCCCCUUUUCUCCCACGUCUUAUCUCUUCUUUCUCUCCAAAUUCCCCCCCUCUCUCUCUUUUUCUCCCUCUCUCCUACGUAUUCUAUUUCUCACCCACGUCUCUUUCUCUCCCAGGUCUUCUCUUUCUUUCUCACAUCCACUCCUUUCUACUACAUUCCCUCUCUCUAUCAACCCUUCUCUUUUUCCCACAUCAUCUCUAUCUCUUUACCACAUGGACUCCCUCCCACGGCCUCUCUUACCCUUUCUCUCCCACGUUCAAUCUCCACGUCCUCUCGCUCUCUUUCUCUCCCACGUCCACUCUCUCCCACAUCAUCUCUCUCUCUCUCUCUACUUCUACUUUUUCUCUAUCAAAUCCUCUAUCUCAUGCCCUACAUUUCUCUCAAGUCCUAUCUCUCUCUAUCUCUCCAAAGUUCACACACUCUCUCUCUCUCUGUCUAUCUAUCUAUCUUUCUCUUCUUUCUCCUACGUAUUCUCUUUCUCUCCCGCGUCUCUUUCGCUUCCAGAUCUUCUCUUUUUCUCUCACGUCUACUCCUCUCUCCCACAUCCUCUUUAUCUAUCAACCCUUUUCUUUCUCCCAUCCCCUCUCUCUCUCUUUACGACUUCCACUCUCUCUAUCUCACGUUCUCUCUUUCACUUUCACUUUCACUCCCGCGUCCGCUUUUUUCAAAUCCUAUGUCCCAUGUCCUCACCUUUUUCCAACGUGCUAUCUCUCUCUUUCUCUCCCACGUUCACUUUCUCACUUUCUUUCCCAAGUCCAGUCUCUUCCACUCUUUCAUGUCUUCUCUUUCUCUCCCAUGUUUACACCCUCUAUCCUACAUACUCUCUGUCUACCAUGUCCAAUCACUCUCUCCCACAACCUCUUUCUCUCUACGUUCCCUCAUUCUCUCUCUCCCAUGUCCACUCACUUAUAGGGAAUAA